AUGCCUGAAAUAAAAGUAACUCCCUUAGGUGCUGGACAGGAUGUCGGUCGCAGCUGCAUCCUCGUCUCCAUUGGAGGCAAAAACAUCAUGCUGGACUGUGGGAUGCACAUGGGAUACAACGACGAUAGGCGUUUCCCAGACUUUUCCUAUAUAACGCAGAACGGACGUCUGACGGACUUCUUGGACUGCGUGAUCAUCAGUCACUUCCACCUGGACCACUGCGGCGCCCUACCUUACAUGAGCGAGAUGGUGGGCUACGACGGACCCAUCUACAUGACCCAUCCCACCAAGGCCAUUUGUCCCAUUUUACUGGAAGAUUUCCGGAAAAUCACUGUGGACAAGAAAGGAGAAACCAACUUCUUUACUUCACAAAUGAUCAAGGACUGCAUGAAGAAAGUGAUUCCUUUGAACCUCCAUCAAACUGUCCAGGUGGACGAUGAGCUGGAGAUCAAGGCUUACUAUGCAGGCCACGUCCUGGGAGCUGCUAUGGUGCACAUCAAAGUGGGAUCAGAGUCUGUUGUCUACACGGGAGACUACAACAUGACGCCAGACAGACAUUUAGGUGCUGCUUGGAUCGAUAAAUGCCGCCCCGAUAUCCUAAUAUCAGAGUCGACAUACGCAACAACUAUCCGUGACUCAAAACGGUGCAGAGAAAGAGACUUCCUGAAGAAAGUUCAUGAGAGCAUAGAAAGAGGAGGAAAGGUUCUCAUUCCAGUUUUCGCCCUGGGCCGUGCGCAGGAGCUCUGCAUCCUGCUGGAAACAUUUUGGGAGAGAAUGAAUCUAAAGGCUCCCAUCUACUUCUCCACUGGGCUGACAGAGAAAGCCAACCAUUACUACAAGCUUUUCAUUACAUGGACCAAUCAGAAGAUCCGGAAAACCUUUGUGCAGAGAAACAUGUUUGAAUUUAAGCACAUCAAGGCCUUCGAUCGCUCCUAUGCAGAUAAUCCUGGACCAAUGGUGGUGUUCGCCACACCGGGUAUGCUACAUGCUGGCCAGUCUUUGCAAAUAUUCAAGAAAUGGGCUGGCAAUGAGAAGAACAUGGUAAUCAUGCCUGGGUAUUGUGUGCAAGGAACUAUUGGUCAUAAGAUCCUAAAUGGGCAAAGAAAACUGGAGAUGGAAGGAAGAGCGACGUUGGACGUGAAGAUGCAGGUGGAGUACAUGUCCUUCAGUGCACACGCUGACGCAAAGGGCAUCAUGCAGCUCAUCCGUAUGGCGGAGCCUCGAAACAUGCUGCUCGUGCACGGCGAGGCUGCUAAAAUGGAGUUUCUAAAGGGCAAGAUCGAACAGGAGUUCAGUAUAGACUGUUACAUGCCAGCCAACGGGGAGACGACGUCUGUGAUAACUAACCCCAGCGUUCCUGUGGAUAUGUCACUCAACCUACUCAAGAGGGAGAUGGCUCUCGGAGGUCCUCUGCCUGAUCCCAAAAAACCCCGCGCCAUGCAUGGAACGCUGAUCAUGAAAGAAAAUAGCUUGAAGCUGGUGUCGUCAGAGCAGGCCCUGAAGGAGCUGGGUCUAAACGAGCAUCAGUUACGCUUCACCUGCCGCGUGCAGCUCCAAGACCCCCACAGCGACUCCGACACGCUGCACAGAAUCUACACACACCUCAAGAGUUUGCUAAAAGAUUACACCAUCCAGCACCUGCCUGAUGGCACAGUGAUGGUGGAAUCCAUCGUCAUCAAAGUCUCCUCCUCAGCCGAAGACGCAAACUCCAAGGUCCUGCUGCUUUCCUGGAGUUAUCAGGAUGAAGAUCUAGGAAGCUAUCUCUCUUCUCUGCUCAAAAAGGGUCUACCAACUUGACUCCACUAGUCUGGAUUUUGUAAAGUGCUCUAACCUAAAACGAUGGGACUCUUCAUCAGGGGUUUCUGUCUCUCGCUCCCCAGCACAAAAAAUGUCAGUUGUUUUCCUGCCAACAUAAACUUUGAGGCUAGAGCUGCUUCCUUCUCUUAGCAGAGAAACUGCGAUAAGAAGGCUGAUCAAAGGACUGAAGCUUGCGGUGAAAUUCAGAUUUUUUUUUUUUUUUCCAUUUUCUAAGAUACAAACAGUUUUACAGAAAAUGCUUCAUUUAUUAGUAUUGUAAUAUUAAGGUAUGUACAGGUUUUAUUUACAUCUACAUUGGAUAUGAAAUAUGUAAACAACUUUAAAACCUGUUUUUUUAUGUGACAGGAAGAAAAAGUCCUGGUUGAUUUAUUUCGAAACUUCAUCCACCUUCAUGGUGAUAUAUUGUAUUUCCUGUACAGUAAAUCUCAACACAAACCAACUAGUAAAAUUAAAAACUUAAAAAGCAGAGGUGCUUUCCAUA